GGAAAAAAGUUUACAGCAGAUUAAGAGGACGGAUGGCAUGUAGAACAUCCAACAUCCAGAAAAUGCUGAUAACCAGGGAAUAUAGAUAGAUAAGCAGUACACUAGUGGAAAGUUGGCAGUUGCUAUCUGAUCAGGGCAAUUUGUUGUGGAAUUUGUUGAUACAAAAUGUUAUAGAGUUGCACAACAUUACCUCCACUCAUACCGUUAUCACCUUCUCUUUUCUCCUACUUGUUCUACAGAAUGCUAUACCCUUGCAUAUUCACGCUUUUCUUCCCUCUUACAGACCCAUAUGCAUCCUUUUGUGAGGGCUGUAUAUAUAGAGCAAUGGAAGCUUUAUUUUGUUGUAGUUCUUCUCCAAAACAACGAUCUUAGCAGCAGAUAUGGAGGCCUUACAAUGGACUGGUAUCUGUUGCACAUGGUCUCCAGAAGCACCUACAUCUACAUGGGCCAAAAUUUAUGGUUCUCAUGCAUUGCCAAGGAGUCUUUCGUGGAAGCCAAUCUCCUCCAAGUCCUUUCUUGGUUCUCGUGCAUUUCCAAGGAGUAAAUCAUCAUUUUUCAGGCAUCAUGACUCAUGAGAUAGCUAAUUUUACCAUUCGGCAAGAAAUAAUUAACUUUGGGAUUUCUGUGUCUUGUUUUCCAGGUCUUUCGUGGAAGCCAAUUUCCUCCAAGCCAUUUCUUGGUGGCAGUUAUUUGCUCAAGAAAGGAGGAGUUCACGUUGUGUCUCCGAAUAUAGCAUCACCGGGCUUAGCAGUUGAGCUCCUUUGUGCGUGGGAUGAUGAAUAUGAGGGGAUCAUUGUUGAUCCAUAUAGCUUACCCUUGAGCUCAAAUGCUUUUGCGUCCACACUGCCGGCUUCUCUGUUGAACUGGAAGUUGAAGGGGAAAAGGGGGAUAUGGCUGAAGAUUCUACAAGAGCAAGCUGAACUUGUUCCGAUAGCGAUUCAGGAGGGUUUCAAUUACCAUCAUGCUGAAUCAGGAUAUGUUAUGCUAACGUAUUGGAUUCCUGACGAGCCAGUGAUGCUCCCUGCUGGCCCUUCCCAUCAAAUAGGCAUUGCAGGGUUUGUGAUGAAUGACAAAAGAGAGGUUCUUGUAGUAAAAGAAAAAUGCCCUUGCAGUUGCUCGGGGGUAUGGAAGUUGCCUACUGGUUAUAUUAACAAGUCUGAAGACAUAUUUUCUGGAGCCGUAAGAGAAGUGAAAGAAGAAACUGGUGUUGACACAAUUUUCCAGGAAAUGGUUGCUUUCAGACAUGCCCAUCUAGUGGCUUUUGAGAAGUCGGAUCUGCUGUUUGUGUGCAUGCUUAAACCACUGUCCCAUGAAAUCACGAUCGACGAAAAGGAAAUUCAAGCUGCCAAGUGGAUGCCUGUUGAUGAAGUGUUGAAACAACCAUUUUACAGAGAAGAUCACAUGUCCAAAAGGAUUGUUGAGAUCUGCAUGGCUACACAUGAAAGAGAUUACUGUGGAUUCAUUCCCCAUAAGUUAACCUCAAAAUUUGAUGGGAACUUGUCCUUCUUGUAUUAUUACAAUGAAAAGAGCACAAUUUAGGCUCACACCUCAUUGUCCACAACAGGACACUUGGGGCU